AUGGACUUCUCCGGCUCCGGUCCCCUCGGGCCACCCGGCUCUGUCAUGCCCAAGGCGGAGGACAGCCCGAAAGACCUCAAACCGACGACAAAGACUCUCAAUCGCGUCCCCCGUGCCUGCAAUGCUUGCAGAAAACAAAAGAUGCGCUGCGAGGGUGCAGACAACCCGCCGUGUCGCAGGUGUCGCCAUGCCGGGCUGGAGUGUCUAUUCGAGAAGCCAAGCAGAGAGGCCUCUUUGACUGGUGAAGCUGGGCUUGAACGCAUACGGAGCCUUGAGAACCAAGUAGCCGACGUUCGGCAAGGACAGAUUAAUAUCCAGAACACACUGGCCGAGAUCGUCGGCGUCCUACGCGGAGGUCCCCCUCCCCAUAUGAUGCCUAAUGGGCCCUACCCGCAGCCUCCGUACACGCAUCCUUCUCCCAGCGUGCAUUCUGCCUCUCCUGCACUCUCAACUCCGUCCACUGUUCGGCCCCCGCUUGAUCCGCAAGGUCAUCCCGUUAUGGCUCCGAAUCAGGUCUACCAUGGCCAGCCCACCUCACCCACCGCUCGGGGCCCACAAGACGGCCCACCAGGACAAUAUCCGCACCAACAACCGUACCCCAUUCCAGUUGGCAUGCAUCCGCCUAUGCUCCCUCCAUUCUACAACGAGUCGAUGGGCCCGCCUCGUGGCCCGCCCCCGCAGCAGGCUCAACAGCAGCAGCCACCACAGAACGUAUCGUCGCUUCGCAAUAACCUGGAUCCGCAACUCCGCACCGCCGGCAUGAAGCGUCCUAUUUCCAGCGCCAUCAGCGCCAAUUCAUCCGACGUGGACGACGAGCAGGGUGAGCUACCCGCGUCUGGCCUGACAGCCCCAUGGGAAGUUCUCCGCGGACUUGCAGACGUCGCAAUUCAACGAGCGGCCAAAGAGAACGGUGAAUACAGUGAGCCUCCCAGUCGAGCCCGCUCGCCCGUAGAUGGACCAGAUGGCCGGCCUGCCAAGCGUCAGAAGACGAGCGCCUUGCCGAGGCACGUCGUCUUCCAAGACGUGGUAUCGAAGGGUAUAAUAUCGGAGGCCGAAGCGCGGGAGUUGUUCAGGAUCUACUAUCACGGCUGUUCGACAUUCCUGCCCAUAUUUGACAGCAGUCGAGACACAUAUGAUUCGUUGCACGCGCGCUCUCCCUUCGCAGUCAAUGCCGUGUGCAUGGUUGCAGCUCAAGUACGUGAUGGUGGAGGUAAACCUAGCGAUGUGUACAAGGCUUGCCUGGCUGAGGUCCAAAGCAUCGCUUGCGCAACCUUAUUCUCUCCGGUGAUCCGGUACGAGGCGGUUCAAGCCAUGGUUCUCAUCGCUGGUUGGUCUGAGAAUGGUUGGCUCAGCGGAGGCCACGCGGUGCGGAUGGCGAUGGAGCUGGGUAUGCACAAGGCGUGGCCCCGUCUUGUGAAGCGAAUGGACCAAGGAAAGCAUGGCACUGGCCAGGAAGACGUCGACCUCAUCACCGCGACUCGCACGUGGUUCUGUCUGUACCUAUUUGAGCAUCAAUUGUCUUAUGGUACUGGACGGCCCGCCAUCCUCAAAGACGACGAGAGCAUCUGGAAAUGUCGCUUGCUUCUACACCAUCCGUUAUCUAUUGAAGACGACAUGCGCCUCGUUUCGACAGUCGAGCUCAUGGCAAUUCGCGAGCGUGUACACAAUCUGCUGGCUCCUCUCGCUAACGAGCCUUUGGACGACCGGACGUUCAAACCUCUUCACAUCGCCCGCGACGAGUUCAAGAAGUGGUACCAGACUUGGGACACGCACUUCUCGACGAAGUAUGAGAAUGCUGCCUUCUAUCGCCAGAGUCUUGAGAUCCAACACCUUCACGCGGACCUCUAUCACACUGCGACGGCCCUCAAGGGCAUCAACGGUCCGGAAGACGUUCAGAAUAUGUCUGAAUUGCAACGUUCCCUAGCCAUCAAUGCGAUUCACACUGCACGUCAAUGCUUAGAGAUAUCCUUGUCCUCGCCCGCGUACCGUGAGGGCAUGAAAUACGCUGUCCAUUACACUCACGCCACCGCCACGUUCACUGCUUCGUUCCUACUCCGUCUAGGGCGCUUAUUCCCUGCCGAAUGCGAUAUGCAACAUACCCGCGCCCUUGUUGAGCAACUGGCCGCCCUAAUGUCCGAGAUACCUGGCAAGCGCUACGCACUCACGUUGCAACUCAUGCUCAAGCGUUCAACCCGCCGUGGCUCCGUCGUCGGACAUGGCCAUCGUGGUAGCGUCAGCUACGGCAAGAUGGCCGUCGAUCGUCCCUCAAACCUUUCUGUGGCCCAAGUGAUCAAUAAUUCGCCGACGCCAGUUUCUCCGACGAGCUCCUACGAGGUGGUGCCUCAGCAACACGGUGGCCCGCAACAGUACACGCACCAGCAGCAGAUGCCGAUGCACCCUGCUCAUCAGCAGGUGCUGUACCAGGCGCAACAGGGUCAUACGCCCAACGCAGACAACAUCUGGCGCGGAUUCGAACAGACUUCGAGCGAGCAACUUCCUGUUUGGCUCUCCGAUCAAAGCCUUGGCGGCAACUCUUUCUCGCAGAGCGGCAUUGAUGCGUUCCUCCUACCCAAUGAUUACCUACCGCCCGCUCCCCAGAUUUGGUAG